UUUGCAACCUGACAAAGUGAGCCUGAGGCUGUUUUUUGCAGCAAAGUCCUGGUUAAAAAUAAAAAAAACAGUUUGAAAGGUCACAAUUGAAAAAAAAUGGAAAAUUACCUUCGCAAUGGUGUAGCGAUGAAGUGUGUAGGCGGUGUAGUGGGCACCGGGGGGAUCAUGGGCGCAGAUGGCAGGCUAAGAAGGAGGGAAAUUGGACAGGGAACCCCUAUUUCACUCCUUUCACCAGGGCCCAUGCCUACCACGCAAUGCCACUGAACGUUCAAAUAUUGUAUCUAAUAUUUGGUGAAGCUGUCAUUCCCAUUUAAAUAUAAGCUUAACAUGUCCCACAUUCACAACAGAACAAAAAAACUGGUUAUGGUGAUAUUUCUAGUAAAAAAAAGUUAUCUUGCCAACGUAAUUGUGCAUUUUAUUUUAUAAAUGUAUUUUCCCGUUGUGCUUUCAUGCACUUUAUUCAAACGAUCCCUACAGUUUUUAGAAAGAUUAAUGGGGUGUUGGCAAUAAAAUUACACUUUUUACAUAUAAAUAUCUCGUUCGACAGGCCGAUAGGUCUGUUAAUGCGGUUGUGUGCUUUGUGAUUGAUGCAUGAAUAUUGAGGUGUGGUGGCUGUUUGGAGCUCGCACAGGGGAUCAGAACCAAUUCGUGACUACCUCUGGUCAGAGGGUUUGUAUUAAGACCGUACAACAUGGGUUGCUUGGCUAUACGAAAUGUAUUCAACUCCACACAAUGGAAAACCUGUUUCGGACAAUGCCACAUCUUCAGAGGCAAUCUCGACAAUGGUCCUUCAUGACAGGGACGUUUUCUGUCAAGAAAGGCCGCUGCCUAAAACGUUGCCCAUAAAAAAAAGUUUAGGGCAGUGUUAUUAACGAAAGCUUUUGUUGCUUGUGCACCAUUGCCAAUGCAGUAUCACGAAAAACAGCAUACCUGUCAAUCCAUACGGUUUGCCCGUAACAUAAAAAAAGUGUCUCCCUUGUGUUGGGAUUUUGCAGGAUGAACGUUGAGAUUUAUAAGGGCACGGGGUGACCAAUAAGGUCUGAAAUGGUCUGUAAUAAGGUCGGCACUGGUAAGGGGUUGACAGGUAUGAAACAGUCUCCAAUAAAGUUUGUAAUGUUAGAUUUUUCAGACGCGUGUGUGUUCUCGGCAGUGCAGCGGUGUUUUCACUCAAACAUUAAAGAAAUGACCAGACAUCCCAAACAGAUCCAGAAAAAAAACGAGACUCGGUGUGACUGGGUCAAUAUUUUGUUCAAGUUAUUUAAAUUGCAAGAGUGCCUCGCUGCUCAAUGAGGCGGCACUCCUCUUAUCCAUUGGUCCUGAAUUAAUGUUGGGAAAUUACACAUUCCUAUGACGAGAGACUUGUCAAAGGAACAACCACCGUUGAAUUCAAUUGCGCUGAAUUUUAUCGCGUCCCGCAACGAUCACGAUGGCUGGUUCGUACCGCUGUCUAUAAUCUAAUGGUUAUUGUCGUUAACGACUCGGAAUUACUUUCAGAGAAUUGAAAACAAGUGGAUUCUCGAACAUGCUCGGGUUAAUGACAAUUCAAGCUUCAGAAAGGUUAAGUGUUGGGCUCGAGACGAGGUGACAAGUCAUGCCGAGAACGGCUUAUUGGCGAUGCUAAAUAAUAGCGGCAGCCAAGAAAUGGAACGUGUCCGAGAAGACGGUGGACCGGGGAGAUGGGGAGACGAAAUCGGCACGGUGGAUUAUUAACAUCGCAGGACCGAGAAGGCGAUGGUUGUGGAGGCCUUCAUUCAGCAGUGGAUUGACCGUGACCGAUGUUGAUUCAGGAUGGGAGAACCCCCCCGCCGAGCUCGGCUGACACCUGGCGGCCACGGGGCCCCAAAUCCCAGUCACGGGCGAUCGGUCGGGCCGCGUUCGCGACGUUUUAAUCAAUCCCGAGUUGUUAAUUGGAUUACAUGCGUACGUACAAACAAACAAAAACAACGCGCUCGUAAGUAUUCGAUGUAAAGGGAUUAAUUAUAGGUUGAUUCGUUAGUCGUUUCGUCGAUUCGUAGCGACGUAAAGGGGCCAGGGAGGCCUGGGGCCUGUGAUUGCCGAGGGUUCCCUCCCGAGUCGGAUAGCGACGCCGCCUGCCCUCGGCGUCGCCCUACCCCCGGCGAGAAUCUAGGCAAGGGCGAGGCUUCAGACGCAGCGGCGGUCUCGUCUCAUCACGGGUAAUUCCGGUUGUAUUUAAUACGGUUUUUGUAAUAAUAAAAAUAAUUAAGGGCUGCUUCAUUUCGUUUGUUUUACAAAAAUCGUCGUUUGCUGGAGCUGUCGUGUGAGGCCCUCGCUCUGGGGUUUUCAUCAAACUUAUAGCACGAGGGGCCUCUGCGUUUGGUAACUUUGAGGCUCGGGUUUUCGGGCACGAAGCCACGGGUUAACUAUAACUCAGGUUAUCUUACUCUUUGUUUUUUUGGGGUUAAAGUCACGUAGGUAUAAAAUAAAAAAAAUCACGACGUUUCUUUUAAAACAGUCUGCCUCGGCAGCAAGACCAUCGCUUUCCCCACCUGAUGACGACGGGACGCUUGUGUUGCGCCCGAAACGUCGCGAUUUAUUAAAAAAAAUUUACUACCCGCGCGACUUUACCGAAAGAACCAAAGAGCCUCCUGGAUUCCUGCAGUCACGAAAGCCUCAAGUCCAGGUCAUCUUCCCCUUUAGUAUCGUGUUAGAAACGCGGUCCAGGGAUACUUUCAGAGGUGGCCUUUAGCCUCCCCCAGGAGUUGGGAACGCGGCCGCCGAGUUUGCGUCCCCUGCAGGUGUUUGGAUGGAUCGCUGCACAGCUGGACAGCGAGGGAUUUGGGAAUGCCAUCAUCCAGCAGUGGAACGAUCAUGGCUGUUCGACUCUUCACCCGAUUUAACCUUAAUGUAUGUUGGGAUUGUGCGAGGGUUGAGGUUAUGAACCCAGGGUUUACGCCACGCGCAGUUUAGCACCGUUCUAAACAGUUGAGCCGAAUCGGAAGCCAACUUGAGAUGCACAUUCUCAACAUCUGGCUGCUCUAAAGAAACUCCGUUGUUUUACAAAGUGGUAUUAAUGAAGAUGGAAAAACGUCCACCGUCAGCAUCGAGGUCGGCUAUCCUGUUUUACAUUUGCCCUGAAGAUCUGUUCUGGUGGAGCAAAGUCUACAAAUCGGGGAAGUGAGACAUGGACAGGGUAAAGCUGAUCGACUUCACUCCGGCCAGCGCAGCUACCGAGCGCUGGUGCGACGGUGAGGCACGGGCAAGGGGCGAGAAGGAGACGCUCGUCCCACGCCAGGUCAUCAGUGGCACCGAGGCCAGGAGCUUCUACGAGCACCUCCUGGCUGCAGACUCAGCACAGACGACACCUGCAGAGCUCCCGGAGAACAAACUGCGAAGACAGCAGAGGCGUGAGAGGAGGCGUGAGAGGAGGCGCGAAAAGGACACACCGAUAGUUGGGCAGCGAGACACCGGCAGAGCAGUGACCCCAGCUGAGCGGCAGAGAGCCGGGCACCGGCUGCUCAAGUGCGCGCAGCUCGGUGAUGUCGAGGGCCAACGUCAGGUGCUGGCAGAGGGGCUCUGCGACGCCACCUUCAGGGACUCCUUUGGCUGGACGGCGCUCAUGUGUGCAGCGCACGCCGGGCACAUAAAUGCUGUGCGGAUGCUGCUAGAGGAGGGCGGGGAGGAGCAGCGGCACGAUGAGGCACUGAGGCUGGCGAGCGGGCAAGGGCACGGGCACGUGGAGGUCGCGCUGCGGGACCUGGCGGGGAUCAAGGAGAGGGAGCGUGCCGAGCUGGAGCGCGCACGACAGGAGGCGGCUCGCAGACGGUGGUGUGAGAUUUGCGCCGCCGAAUGCUGCGACGCGCCCGGCUCGCGGCACGAGGCCAGCACUGUGCACCUGCUGAGCCGUGACGCGCCGCUGCCGCCCACACACUACCACAUCCCCGAGAGCAGCGUGGGCUUCCGGCUCAUGCUGCGUGACGGCUGGGACAAGGAGACCGGCCUGGGCCCCGAUGGGAAGGGCCGCAAGUUCCCCAUUAAAACAGUGCUCAAGCGCGACCUCACUGGCCUGGGCUUCAAGCGCGACCUCCCAGCCCGCGUCACGCACUUCUCGGCGCAUGACGAGGAUGCUGUUCGCAGGGCCCAGGGGCCCCAGCCGCCUGUGAGCCGCAUAGAGCGAGCGGCAACAUUGGGCCGGCGGGCAGCGAGCAGGCAGGAGGCGCGGGCACGGGACUGGGAGAGAGAUCUGCGGAGUUACAUGAACACCGACUGAUGAGGAUGGCAAGCUAGUGUUGAAUGAACAUGGUGUGUGUGGAAAAUGUCUGUGGACCCCAUAGCAGUGGUGUCGUGGUUAUUGUACUGCGCAUACUUCACACACUGCCUGAGAUUGAUUCUUGUGCCAUACCAUGCGUGGAACGUGUUCUGAAAAUGGCUUGGGCUUCAGCUAGGUCGCUAUUACAGUAAAAUAAGUAUCUCGGUUGUGAACAGCAAUACUAGGGAGACAAAAGCAGCUGGUGUAUAUGGUGCUGGUAAACCAAGUGCUGUAUAAAAAUCAUACCUUUGUGUGCAGUGUUGCUGUAAUAGUUGCCCCCUAAACGUACUACACCCUGAUGUUUGUUUUUGUCAUUGUCAUUUUUGAUACAGCUUCUGUGCACAAAUUGUUCUACAAAUGUUCAGACCGCUCAGCUAAAAUGUAAAUUUGAUUUCAAAAUAACCCUUGUAUUCCAGUAUUUUUUUUGGGAAUGACGCACAUGUUGGCAUCAUUUGCUUGCAGCACACUAACGUUUUGACAGUGGUGCGCACUGUCGAACAGCAGGCCUGAUGUAGCAAAAUUCUCCAGCACAUCAAACAUUUCUUACAAAACUCUGUUAUGGUGAUUCCUAAAGCAGCCUGCGGUAUAUUUUGCCGUGAGCGCCCGUGUUGACGUUCAUACAGAUACAGAACAUUAUUCAAUGUGGAGACGAGUCGGGCCCGCGUGGUUUUGUAAGCACAGAUGCUGGGAGAUUGGGGCUGGCUUCGUGAUGUGUGCAAUCGUCUCUUUCAGCCAGUGACAACACCAUGGUUCAUGUUGCCAUCAUGAAAGAGUCAACCAAGUCCUUUUUUAAAACAAUUCCAGUGAGGGUCUGGAACAAAAACCAGGACGAUGUUUUAAUCACAAUAGUAAAUAUAUUAUGUGCAUGUUCCAAUGCUGCUAAGAUUAAUUUACAUGGUUUAUGGUGAACUCGGUGAGAGCUGAUUGAGACGGUGACCCAAAUAAUUUUUUGUGGAAACUGAUGUUCUUGUUUUUUGGCAAUACAAAUUCCAACUUUAUAGAUAAGUGGCUGUGUUAUUUUUGUUACCCAAAACAUGAAUAAAGGUCAUCAUUACAUAAGGGAGAUGGGGGUAAAGAUAUCAUCGGAUGCAUGUAAAGACACAUGGCUGCUAUCAUAUUAUAAUUGCUGUAACCUGUAUGAGUUAUAUUCAUUAUGUAGUGGUCAGUAAUAUAAUCUUUAAAAUCACAUUAA